GGACCAGCCCAUCAAUUUCUAAAUUAGCACAAUUCAAUUAGGGGCCAGCAAGCCUCAUACGUCGAAGAAUUUUGUCCAGAUAUCAAUUCAUCCUCUCCUCUUCUUCAACCAAAAUUUGAUAACUAAUCACUAUUGAUUAGUUUUCAGUGACCGAUAUGGGGAGUUUGAGAAGAAUCCUGUUCUCCACCGUCCCUCGCAUCCUCAGCUCCAAUUCGCCGCUCCCCAACCCCCAAACUCUUCACAGGCCUAUUUUGGGUUCCUUCGCCCGUUUCUACUCAGAUGGAAGCGCCAAUUCCCUUAAUAUCGAUCUUUCCGAUGAAGAAAGCAAAAGGCGCUUGUUUAACAGGUUGCUGUAUAGGAGUAAACAAAGGGGGUACCUUGAGCUGGACUUGAUUCUGGGGAAAUGGGUGGAAGCUCACAUUCAUUCUCUUGAUGAAAAUGGAAUUAAAUCCCUAGUUCAUCUCCUUGACUUGGAAAAUCCCGAUCUGUGGAAGUGGCUGACCAGCCAGGAGGAACCCCCUGAGGCAGUGAAAGUAAAUCCUGUAUUCAUUGCUGUGUGGCAAAAGGUGACGAGCAAUCUUGAGAAUCAUGCUGCACCAGGAACUCGUGCUACGCCUGGUCAGUCUUGGGUGAGAGGCUGGGAUGAUUUCAAGAAGGGUCGAGACAGCCCUAUUUCUGGAAACCAGUAGCUUCACAAGUUCAAGGUGUCUUGAGCAGCAGAUAGGAACUCUAUAUAUAUUGUGUGAGGAAAUCUCAUUGCAUAAAAUUUGAUUUCAGAAGAAUAAGGGAAAAAAUUUGAAUUGAACUAUUAGACUUAGUCUUUCUUCUUAUGUACUCCUAUAAAUAAAAUAGGGAAUGAAAAAAAUUAAAUAAUCGAAGGGUGGGAUAUCCCACCGCACCAUCCUUUCUUUCGAUGUAAUGGUUGAAGAGAGUAUGAUUUAAGUUCAUCGGUUUAUUUCUA